AUGGUCGACGCGGUCUUGCAGGUGUGUGGUGCUCGGAACCUGAGAUUCGAGCAGAUUAACUUCAGUGGGAUGCCCACUGUUCUUGCCAGCGGCCUGCAGACCUCCACCGCAUUGGUAGAGGACCGACGAGCGACGCGGUCGGCUGUGGGCGGAACUGUGGCUGUGUCACCGCCCCCAACAAUACCAGCAGCUACGUCUGAGCCAUCCUGGACGGAAUGCUUUUUGGAGUCGCCGUCCGGAGAGGAUCUGCAAAGACAAGACAUGCAAGACGUCGAGGUUUGGCUUUUCCGCAGCGAUACCAGCGCAGGGUUUGAAAAGUUCUUGAAACAUCGCCAUUUUGGUGCUGGAGGUGACACAGCAAGAUGCCGAAGCAUCAACCCUGACAGCAGCAUACAAUGCCUGGAAUGCACUCGGAUUAUUUUCGGCGGUGUGUAUGGAUCGAUUGGAGUUGUUGUGCCAGCCUACCCACCCGAGAGCCAUGCAAUUGGCUGCUUGUCUCGGAAUCGGAUAGUGGAGGCGGACUUUGAUGACGAUGACAAUUAUGACGGCAAUCCAACACAGGAGGUCGCAUUGUGUAAUUCUCACCGCGGGCAGCUCGACAAAGCAGUUGUUCUGGAUGCGUCUUUUUGCUCUACCUAUGUGUACUUUGGCUGUGCUGCGCAGCUUUCGCAGAAGUUGUUGCCGGGCACUCCGACCGAACAGCCUAUCCGUCUCAAUGUUCCCGGGCACCUGAACCAGAGUACGAGCAAGUUGACCAGUCCUGCAGUUAAAGAGUUCGACUUGCUUCGGGUGAUCAGAGGUUCAAAAAUAAGCAUGGCCGUGGAUGACGCGAUGGACGAGAGGUGUCCUGCCCCAGCCAAAGAGUUUCUGUUGCUUCUGGCUCACAUUGAAACUACGCUGGGCUCAGGCUGUCUUGAGGAAGAUGGAGAUCCCGAGCUUCAAAUGGCGAAGGCUUCUUCCUUUGCAAGGGCCCUCACUGCAAGAUUGCAGCAGUGGAACGCCCUUCCAGCACAAACUUCGGAACAGUACAGGACCCGAAUUGAGAACUUGAGCAACGUGUUGGCUGAUGUGCAGCAUAGGCGCAAACUCGACGAAGCUCCUAAAGCGGAGGUUGAGGUAAUCCCAACAGGUCAGUUUGAUGGCCAUGAUGAGGCAGAUGCGGUAGUGGUACUCGAAGAAUCGAUCCAACCUUCACACGUCCAGGCUGUGGAGCCCCCUGGUAUGCAACAAAGCGUGCAGACCUUGCCAUGGCGUGCAGCAGGCCGUGGCUCUCUCAGUAGGUUUUCGGCCGCUGGGCAUGCCGCCCGAAGCAGCCUGGAAUCAGAGAUGGUGGACCUUGCAGAAGGCAUGAAAGGUGCUGCGAACACCUUCUUGAAAACGUUGCAGAAGGAUAACAAGCGAUUGGAGGACAUGCAAUCAGCACAACAGCGUAGCUUGGACAACGUCACGGCGCAUUCCGAGAAGGGAAAGAACAUGCACAAUGCUCUUGGUUGCAAUCAGUGCGCAAUCCUCAGCAGCUUGGACGGAUCCAGCUACUGCCAAGUAGCUACACGUUGCCUGUACAAAAGCUUGGACCCUGCAUGGGCUGCGGCUAUGAGAUGUGGUCUGACAGAGAUACUUCUUGCGCUCGCGGCUGCAGAGACAGCUGGCCACAUGGUAAUGAGUAUGGACAUGACUGGUGACACCAACGUGUCCGCGACGAAUGAUGGGAUGCGCAGUUCCGAAAGCUUGACUGAAGAAGGCAGCACGCGGGGUUCAACGAACUUAGCUUUUGAAGCUCACUCUACCAGUGUUUCCACACAGAAGAGUGGACUGACGCAUGCCGCGGCCUACGAAUCUGCUGUGCAGGACAGCCGGACAAGUCAGCCAUCAUUUCUGGGCUUAGCUUUUUUUGCCUUGCUGGCAGCUUGUGAGGAAGAAUCAAGGAUUUUCUUAGCGCUGCCUACUCACCGAGCAUUUUCGAUUGAAGAGGGAGAGUCAUUUGAUCGCUACGCGAGUGCCGCUUCGGGGGCGAAGAGCCGGUCGACAGCGGUGAAGGCUUCUAAACAGGCCAUGGAGCGCGAAGACCGUGGCUCCACCCAGUCCGACUUGUCCAACUUGCUGCCGGGGCCCUUUGAAGGUGUCCAAGCCAGCACUCCCCGCCUAGUGGCAAUGCCGAUCCAUGCGCAGAUCAGCCAGUGUGCGCUGGGUAUCACAGGUGUCUUGGUGCUGCGACUGGGUUCCUACAAUGCCAGCCAAAGCCUGGCUCAGAAACCGUUUGCCAGACUGGGCCAAACUGCCUGCCCGAGUGUGUUGGUCAAGAGGUCGGCAGGGAAGGAGAUGACUGCGCGCUGCAACCCGUGGAGAAUUGUGGAAGCAGCUAUGUGCGGCGAGGAUCUCGGGGGAAUCGGUUUCACACGCCAGGUGCCUGAUCAGCAUGGGACCGCACCGAGUCUCCUGCGCCUUCCCAUUAAGGAGGCUGAGUUAGAAGCAUGCCUGGCAGACGGAAGACGGCGAGGCCCUAUUUUCAUGCAUCAGGCGAUGGUUGAGCAGCACGUGCUGGAGACAAACCAUGCGCAGGCUACGGUAGCUGCACGCCUGCAAAGUCUGUGGGAGGAGUUGAACUCCUACAACCUCAACCUCCGCAAAUGGCAGGCCGAGAUGCAAAACCGCCAAUCUCGGCAGCCUGGCAGUUGCGAUGCGAAAGUGCAAGGAUGUCCAGAGUUGGGAGGGCACGACACGGCGGCGGGUGAUGCCGGUGCAGUGCCAGAAGAAGUGCAACCAGAAAAGCCAGAGCUCCUGAGCUAUGGCUGUUAUGUCUGGGGCAGCGUCGGAACUGGAAAGAGCUUGCUUCUGGACCUGUUCGCAGAGUCCCUCCGUCAAUCUGGUUUUCCGCGACGUUGUCGUCGCAUUCAUUUUCACGAGUUCAUGUACGAGGUGCACCGUGAACUGUUCCAGCUGCGGCAAGAUGGCAAGAACAAAACCACCCAGGCCGUGGCAGCCCGCAUAGCAGAGACAGUUAGUGUGCUUGCCUUUGACGAGUUUCAGAUCACCAACAUCUCUGAUGCGUUGAUUGUUGAGACCCUCUUCGACUCGUUGUUCGAACAAGGCGUUGCGAUUGUCAUGACAUCCAAUCGCCGCCCUGAAGACUUGUACAAGGACGGUCUGAACAAGCACCUUGCUAUUCCACAGUUCCUCUCCUUGCUGGAGAAGCGACAUGUUCAUGUUUUAGAGCUUUCAGCAGGCCUGAGAAUGGCUAUAAGAUGUGUACUGCUUGGGCUUUGCUCGCAGGUCGUGACUUCCGCACUGAGCUUGCAGAUGCGAUUUGGCAUGCCAACACGGGUUGGCGAGAUUUCUUCCACAAGGCAGCAGUCGGGGGGGAAGUUGCUGCCGAAAGCCUGCUGA